AUGUCAUCACCAUACACAAUAACAGAGCAAAAGCUCAUAAAACUCCUGGGCGAGACGAAUAUAUUGAUACAAAGUAUCGACAGCACAAAAAUCAAUACCAUCCAUCCUACAUACAUCCUUCAGAAACGACCAUUGUUUGAGACGUUGUAUGAGGAUUUUCUGUUAGAAAUUCGUUCGGCCGAAGAAGAAGAAAGGAAUGACGAGAAAGAAAUUGAGAAAGAUGACGAAAAAGAUAUCGAGAAAGACGAAGACGGUAAGAAAGAUAACGGGAAGGACGGUGAAGAGGGUGAUGAAUUUACGAAGCAAAACGAAAAUACGGUGGACAAUUCUAAUUCGAGCGAGCCUGCAGAAGACAACAAACUCGACCCGUCAGAACACAUCAAAACCCUAUAUAUAUUCACCGGAGACGAACCGAUCCUACAAAAUUUGGCCGAGAAGAGCCCCGCAUUAAAAGAAGAUUUCCAACGAUUAUUUUCGAUCAUCAAAUACUAUCAAAAAGAGAACAUUCCCACACCAAGAGAGUGGAUUGACGUAUUAUUUGACGGAGAUGAGGAUGAGAGGGGUAGUAUGAGAAGCAGGAGGACGAAGAAUAGAAGUUCCAUGGUGAAAAGGUUCAGACGUAAAUUUGUAAAAUUACUUGGAAUGGGUGGUGGCGACUAG